UUUGGUGUUCGUCCUUUUUGGUUUGGGUCUCUCUCGAUGCAUCCCUGCCUCCUCCUCUUCUAUUUUUCAUCUGCAACUCCAUCGCCAACCCCUUUUUCCUGAAAGCUUCGUUUUUGUUGAGGAGAGAGAAAAACCAUGUCUGGUUUGUACAAUAACUCUAACUUCUCUCCUGCUAGAGCUGCUUCUCCUCAGAUUAGAAGUACUCCGGAUGUCGACAGUACUCAAUACUUGUCGGAGCUUCUCACCGAACAUCAAAAGCUUACUCCCUUCACGCAGAUUCUCCCAAUAUGCAGUCGACUGUUGAAUCAAGAGAUAUUUCGGGCUUCUGGAAUGAUGAGCAACCAUGGAAUUGGCGAAAUCGAUAGACUCCGACACAGAAGUCCCAGUCCCAUGGCAUCCUCUAAUCUUAUGUCUAAUGUCCCUAACACUGGAUUAGGUGGCUGGACUGGCCUUUCUCAGGAGAGACUUAACCGAAUUCCUGGCAUGGCAAUGGACUGGCAAGGUGCACCGGCAAGCCCUAGUUCUUACACCGUGAAAAGGAUAUUGCGUCUGGAGAUUCCAGUAAAUUCCUACCCAAAUUUCAAUUUUGUGGGAAGGCUUCUUGGCCCUAGAGGCAACUCAUUGAAACGCGUAGAAGCGACAACGGGCUGCCGCGUGUACAUCAGAGGGAAAGGAUCGAUUAAGGAUCCAGAGAAGGAAGAGAAGCUGAGGGGAAGACCAGGAUACGAGCACCUGAACGAUCAGCUUCACAUCUUGAUAGAGGCAGAUCUUCCAGCCAAUAUAGUGGAAAUACGGCUGCAGCAGGCUCAGGAGAUCAUUGAAGAGCUGCUGAAGCCAGUGGAGGAGUCUGAAGAUUACAUAAAGAGGCAGCAGCUGAGGGAGCUGGCGAUGCUGAGAGAAGAGAGUCCCGGUCCAAGCUCUGGCAGCCUUUCUCCUUUCAACUCCAGCUUUAAACGUCCCAAAACGGUACGCUGAUUCCCACAACCAGCCAUUGUGUCCUUAUUUUUUUAUUCUUUCUCUUUGCGAGACAUCAUCAUCAUAAAGAAAAAUAUACCAAAAAAAAGGUGAGUGGUUGAAAUUUUUGUUGUAAACUAAAAAAAAAAGAUAUAUGGUGAUUGGAUUGAUUCAUGUGGA